ACGUGCCGGACACGCCGGGAUGUGAGCGUCUCAAACCGAAACCGAGAGCCCGUUGUCGCCUUUCUUUCGAGUCGCGUUUGGGGUAAUUUAGAAGGGCCACACCGAACAGCUUCACACCGCGUCCUCGGCGGGCGAGAAACUUGCUCAGUGGUACCAGUAACAUGAGGCGGCUUUUCUUUUUCUUUUUGGGUCAACGUUUUGUCUGCUGCUUCCCUGUUUUUAGUCAGUCCCUAAAGAAUAUCCUCGUUAAAAUGUGACCAAUUUCCGCAGCUUUUUCUUUUAAUACGCCUUAUUGUGCUGGCAACUUUAUGAGGAUUCUAAACUAGAUUAGGUUUAGGCGGAAAUAACGCAGCAACUAUAUAUAAAUAUAUUUUGAAAAGUCUUAUUUUUCUGGGGUAUAUUCGUCUAAAACUGGUUGUCACCAUGGCGAGGGCUCGUUCACGCGCUCCUGUUAUGUUGCAAUUGCGCACAGGUGUUAUAUCAGUGAAGAGACGGAUGUAACAGAACAUUCUGAUAUUAUUGUGGGGGCAAAAAAAAUGAGCUUAUUUGAAUAUUUCUGUAUCAGGCGCCAGGCUGACACGAACCAACAUGCGGUUUCCACAGGUGCGUCAUUCUCCAAAAAUGAACACGUCCCAUCAUUACGUAGGUCCCCCAAACCCACCUGGCCCUCUCCCCUGUUAAUUUUAGCAUUAAAAUAAGUAUGCUGCGUAUAUUUCAGUGUAAGCGAAUUUAAACGUACUGUAAUAUGGGUCAGAGAAAGAGACAAAUCCAAUUUUUUUUAAGUUAUUCAAUUUAAGAACAAAUAUAUCAGAGGUCAUUUUUGUCAUGCUAACAUUAAAGCUAAAUCAGUUAGGUCAUUUCAGUUUGAAACUGAUGUAAUUUUUUCAAGCUAAUUUUUAAACUAUGAUUGUGUUUUCUCUUCCUCUUCCAAAAGUGCUUUCUGUUAUCUGUGCUAGUGCGAAAUCAGUGGUGGCAUGAAUGCACCACGUAUAUAGAGGCUACAUUCUGCAAAGCAGCUUCCCCAGCUUUUCUUCCCAUGCCAUUUUAAAAAUAGACGUUUCUGGUUCUGUAAAAAUCUUUAAAACAGUCUUAGUUUUGAUGCAUUUAUUAAAUAGUUUUUAUUUUUUCACAAAAAAGGAUCUGUUUAAGGGGAAACUGAUUCAAAUCUUCAACAUGUGGUCUCAAAAUGUGUGUCGGCGACACUGUUAUUUUUAAAAUGCAGAAAAAACCUCAAGUUACGAUAACGACGCAAGUCAUAGCUGAGCCAUAUUUUCCACAGUGAUGUUCGCACCAUUCUCUGUGAGCUCUUUCAGUCGGUUUCAAUAGUGAGCAUCAAGAACAGUGAGGGUUUGUGCAGAACUGGUGUCGUAUAAUAUUCCAAAGCAGGUUAUGAUUUUAGGGAACCUAACAUAUAGUGGCUUACCAAAUAUUGCAUUGAAGCAGUAACUGUUUGGAAAUUUGCAAAUUUCAAGAUAAGGUUUCCAAGCAGUUGGACGCACAUGUCACUCCACCCUUAGCAACUGCAUAAAUAAUGAAUACUACACGUUACAAUUAACCCUUUGUUUAAACAGACUCCAGCACACAUUUUUAUGUUUGUUCAUCCUGGUUGUGUGUUCAGCCUCUUUUGUUUUUUUAAAUCACACUUUCACUGGUUUUCAUCUCCUCUACAUCCGCUUCGGUGAGGUCAUUGUCGAGCUGAGCUUGACCUACAGUGGCCCUUCCACUGACCACUGAGUGGGGUGAGCCUCAAGAGCAUCGUCAUUGGUUGUCUGACGCUCUAUCCCCUCCAGCAUGGCUCCAACGGCUGUUAUUGGACGGCAGCCAGCCGGGCCAGUGAGGACGACGUGUCCACUCUGCUUCAUCCCUCUGUGACCUCUCAGAUGACCCCCUGCCUCUUUAGUUUAUGAAAGACACCAGGUGUUUCGAGUGAAAGGGAGGGAUCAGUUGUGACUUGAGAAGGUUUUACUUAAAGCUAGAGGUUUGCUGCCUGAUUUUUACAGAGUGAGGGAAGAAUCUGGUAAGUGAUGACACUGAUUGUUGUUGUGGCGAAUGUAGAAAUGUCUUUUCUGCUUGCAGUUGUGUUGGUUAGAUUUGUUGGCAACUUGUGAGAUUUUCACUUCUUGGAUUUUAAAACAGUUAUUUUUUCUAGUUCUAUUUUUUUUUCUUCGGAUCUCAAGUCUGCCAUAAUUGAAAACUUCCCUUUUUUUACUGGUUGAUGCGGCGGAAGCGUCAUACAUCAACAGUUUAACAUUAAAUAAUUAUUGCUCUUCACUAAAUCUAGAUAUAGGCCAGUGAGAGAAUCUCUCAAUAUAAUAACUUUGUGUAAAAAUAACGCAAUUGACCAAUUAUGAUACAAAUAACUUACCCAUGCCUACCUCGGUAAAGACAAAUAAGAUCAAACUUUAUGAUGCAAACUAAGUCAGAUUUUUUAGCAUUUAAAUUACAUUUUAUUUUAAUAUUGAAGUGUUUUUAUGUGUGUGUUUCUGGUUUUAGCUGAAUCUGUGGGGACAUUGGACCAGAAACCUUCAUUCUGCGCCUGGGAGACCUUGUGAAAAUCUGUCUGCGGUCCUUUCCUGUGCCAGGAUAAAGGUCCAGUCGCGGUUGAUAAACCAAGGUCUGCUUUUCACUUCCCUUCUAAACGCACCCAGAGAGCAUCAUGGGCGCCCAGUCAGACUCAACCCUCAAGUCAAUCCUCCUCUUUCCAGUCCACCUUCUGAUCUGGCUGUACUCCCUCAUAUCCUUCUUGCCCUGGUACUUCAUCACCGGAGCCGGCCAAAAAAGGACGCAGUCUACGAGAAUGAAGGCCCGCUCCACCACAGGGUCCCCAGAGGGGCCGUACCGCUCUGUGGACCACUUUGAUUCCCUGGCCACAGAGGACUUCCCAGGGAAGGACACGCUGGACAAGUUGUUCAAGCACGCAGUGGAGCGCUUCGGACCAGCCGAUUGUCUCGGCACCAGAGAGGUGCUGAGCGAAGAGAACGAGAUCCAGCCCAACGGGAAAAUGUUUAAAAAGGUGAUACUGGGAGAAUACAGGUGGCUGUCCUACAACGAGCUGGACUCUAUAGUGAGCGAGUUCGGCAACGGACUGGCGGCUCUGGACCAGCAGCCCAAAAAUACCAUCGCCAUUUUCUGCGAAACCAGAGCAGAGUGGAUGAUAACUGCUCAGGCAUGCUUCAGGCACAAUUUCCCAUUGGUGACGUUCUAUGCCACACUGGGAGAAGAUGCGAUUGCCUAUGGACUGAACGAAACUGGAGUCACUCACUUGGUCACCAGCGUGGAGCUGCUGGAAAGCAAACUCAAAAAAGUACUACCGCAGAUUUCCAAACUGAAGCACAUCAUCUAUGUGGACCAGAAGAAGAUGAACACAGAAGGCUACCCAGAAGGACUUUCCAUCCACAGCAUGCAGGCGGUACGGGACCUGGGCGUCCUGCCGGAGAACGCGGCGAGAGAAGUAGUGACGCCGCAGCCCUCCGAUCUGGCCGUGGUGAUGUACACCAGCGGUUCCACAGGCAGACCCAAAGGGGUCAUGAUAGUCCACAGCAACCUGAUCGCGGGGAUGACAGGCCAGUGUGAACGCAUCCCUGGACUUGGACCUGAUGACACUUACAUCGCAUAUCUGCCCCUGGCUCAUGUUCUGGAAAUGACAGCGGAAAUCUCUUGUGUAACAUACGGCUGCCGGAUUGGUUACUCAUCCCCCCAGACUUUGUCAGAUCAGUCCACCAGAAUAAAGAAAGGAAGUAAAGGAGACUCCUCUGUCCUCAAACCCACUUUGAUGGCAGCGGUGCCGGAAAUCAUGGAUCGAAUCAACAAGAAUGUAAUGAGCAAAGUGCAGGAAAUGAACUACUUUCAGAAGACACUGUUUACUCUGGGCUACAAAUACAAGCUGGAGCAGGUCAAGAGAGGCCAUGACGCACCUCUCUGCAACAAGUUGCUGUUCCGGAAAGUGAAGAAACUGCUGGGCGGGCGAGUGAGGAUGAUGUUAUCCGGCGGAGCUCCCCUGUCCUCGGCCACUCAGAGGUUUAUGAACGUGUGUUUCUGCUGUCCGGUGGGCCAGGGCUACGGCCUCACCGAAACCUGUGGAGCCGGCACCAUCACAGAAGUCGCAGACAUCAGCACCGGCCGUGUUGGAGCUCCUCUGAUUUGCUGCGAGAUCAAGCUCAGAGACUGGGCUGAAGGGGGCUACACCAGCAAAGACGAGCCACAUCCAAGAGGGGAAAUCCUGAUUGGCGGUCCCAACGUUACCAUGGGUUACUUCAAGCAAGACGGCAACGAUCAGGACUUCUUUACGGACGAGAACGGCCAGAGGUGGUUCUGCACCGGAGACAUUGGAGAGGUUUACCCAGAUGGCUGUCUGAUGAUUGUAGAUCGCAAAAAAGAUUUGGUGAAACUGCAGGCGGGGGAGUACGUGUCUCUCGGUAAAGUGGAAUCUGCUCUGAAAACCUGCGCUCUCAUCGACAACAUCUGCGCUUACGCCAACAGUGAACAGAACUAUGUGAUCAGCUUUGUGGUUCCGAACCAGAAAAAGUUGACGGAGCUGGCCAAGCAUAGAGGCAUCGGGGGGAAGUGGGAGGAAAUCUGCAACCAUCCUGAAAUGGAAAAAGAGGUUCUGAGGGAGAUCACCGAGGUCGCAGCUAAAAUUAAACUCCAGCGGUUCGAGGUUCCGGUAAAGGUGCAUUUGAGUCCCGAGCCGUGGACCCCAGAGACUGGUCUGGUGACAGACGCGUUCAAGCUGAAGAGGAAAGAACUGAAGAACCACUAUCUCAACGAUAUAGAGAGGAUGUACGGGAGGAAAUAGACAUGUUUAAAUACCACAGUAGUCGAUAUUUGUUCCUGUAAAUAAUUAGCCAGCUUUGCCAAAACAAUGCACAAAGGGAAACGAGUCUGGAAGAGUUCACGUCUCGGUUUUCAGGAAAUAUAUCUGACAGAAACGUACGCUACUGUAGGCUGCAACGUUCCAUAAACGAUUUCCGUCCAUCUCUUUCUGACGCGUUACGAGAUUAAAGAUUAUGUGAUUUUGUUUUUGUUUUGGUUUGGGGGGGUUUUCCACGUCGGAAGCAGCCAUGGUGGUCGUUUACCAAAGUGCCUGAAAGGCUCUGCCCUGAACACUUUGGUUCGGUUUUCAAUUCUGAUUCCCAGUUUCAAGCUGCCGGCGUACCACAGGAUUUAAGAGGAAAGGAAUAAUCUGAAGCUGUACAUAGUCGUUGCUGUCGAUCCGUAUGUGCUGCUUUUUAUUUAUUUGUGUAGGAUCUACGGCGGUCUAAAGAGAUGCACUGAAGUAGCGGGUCUAAUUUCAUCAAAAGGGUCAGAGACUUUCACAGCACUCCACUGCCAUCUGCUUAAAUCUACCACUAGGUGAUUUGAAAAAAAAAAUACCACUGUUGUCCAUAUGUUUCUAAAUAAUUGCUGUGACUUCCAAUACAAAUAUUAACUAAGGUCAUCCUCGGAAGAGGCUUGGUGUGCGCUUUUUGUACAACUGGAGUAUUGCCGUUACUGUGCCUUCAGUCUGCAGUACUUGUGGUAGAACUGUAGGAAGAGCCAAAUAUGGAAAAAACAAACCAAUGUUUCAAAAAAAAACUUUACUGCCGUGUUGAGUUUACAUAUUUAUUGAAUAUUAUGCCCAGUUAGAGAGAAACAGACAAUGAUCACUUUUUGCUUUUGUUUUUUAUGCAAAUAAUCAUGUCUGCUUGUCUUUUUUUUUUUUUUUUUUUGGUCAACUACUGUUUCUUCUUUUUGUAAAGACUCAAAUAUGUAAAGAAGGUCACUCAGGAAGAAAAGUAAAUAUAUAAAAUUGUGAAAUUAAUUGUCAAAUGAGCGGGUCGGGCUUCCAUAGGAACAUUGAAAUGACAAAAAUUUUCCGGGCACCUGAUUUAUUUAAGAGCCGAUGCGCUCAACAUGAAGAUAUAGUCCCAACUGCCCCACUGUAAUAGUCUGUGCAUCUUAGUUCAAUGUGUACACUUGGUCCACACGUCAUCAUCUUCAGAGUGUUUUUCUACAUAUUGUACCUGUUGUUGUAUUGACGGGUUUUCGCCGUCGGGACUUUGAGACGAUGGCAACCACUUCCGGUUGCGUUUGUCACUCCAAUCAUGACCGCGUUGUAUCUGUUCAGCAUUUCAGAAAUAAACACUUUUUGGUUUUUUUUA